AUGAAAAGGUCUAUGUCACUCUUCAGUUGGCUAAGACCAAGAUGGCCUUGUUUCGUUGCCAACAGGUGCUCAAAUAUAUUCAAGCUGAUGUCUAAGGCUGAGUGGCACCAUAUAAGAUCUAGUCAGAACCCAGCUGACAUAGCUUCUCAAGGAAUACAUCCAGAUCAAAUGAGAGAACAGUGUUUGUGGUUUUCUGGACGAGAUAUUCUCCACGAGCUCCAGCCCAAGUACCCCAAACUUAAGAUUGAAAUUUUAGAGGAUCUACUCUAUAAUGUUAACGUCUUGAUUAAAACUAAAGGGUUAGCGUCCUUUGUCACUGAAUUGUAUGGUCAAUAUUCCAAAUGGGAAAGGCUUUUUAGAGUAACUGCUUAUUGUCUUAGAUUUGUUUAUAAGCUUUUCAUUAAGGUAGUUCAAAAAAGGGUCAACAUCGACCUAACUGACUCCUACCAGCCUAAGCUGCUUUUAUUUUUGUAA